AUGAUGACGCGCGCCUGGAACCGAGUGCGGGGCCAUCGCUCGCACGAGUACAUGCCGCUGCCGCUGAGCGACAAGGAGCCCUAUCCGGAGCCCAAGCAGCGCUGUCGGGAGCGCUCGCGCUUCACCGUCCUCGGCCUGGUCCUGUGCAUUGCCGGCUGCCUGUUCGCCCUGUAUGGCCUGGUCAGCACCCUGGCCGCCAAGACGCACAAGUCCUGCGACACCGUCAACGACGGCUACCGCUGCAGCCCCAGGACCACCCACUUCUGGGGCCAGUACUCGCUCUGGUACUCGGUGCCCUCUGAAAUCAACGCCGACCCACCCAAGGGCUGCCAAGUCACCUUUGCAAACCUCCUCUCGCGCCACGGCGGCCGCGACCCGACUGCAGGCAAGUCGCUGUCCUACGCCUUGCUCAUCGCCGAGAUUCAGAACACGAGCACUGCGUUCCCGGACGAGUUUGCCUUCUUGAAGAACUACGAGUACGCCCUUGGCGCAGAUGAGCUGACGGAUGCGGGGAGGCAGGAGAUGCUCAACUCGGGGGCCCACUUCUUCCGUCGCUACCACCAGCUCGUCAAGAAGCAUACCCCGUUCGUGCGCGCAGGAGGCCAGCACCGUGUAGUCGAGUCGGCCGAGGAGUGGCUCGCGGGCAUUGCGCAAUCACGCGAAGCAGAACCCAGCAAGGUCGAUGUCAUCAUUCCGGAAGGCACCGAAUCGAACAACACGCUCUCUCAUGACGUCUGCCCUGCCUUCCGACACGGCCCCCACCACGGCCUCGGUGACAGAGCGCAGCAACUAUGGGCAUCCAACUUCCUCCCUCCCAUCCAAGAGCGGGUGAACUCGAAGCUGGGCACCAACCUCAGCGCAACCUUCAUCGUGUACUUGAUGGACAUGUGUCCCUUCGACACGCUCGCGCACCCGUCCGCAAAGGUGUCCAAGUUCUGUCAUCUGUUCACCGAGAAAGAGUGGCACCACUACGACUACUUCCAAACUCUUGGCAAGUACUAUGGCUACAGCGUUGGCAACCCGCUCGGUGCCACACAGGGUGUGGGCUACGUGAAUGAGCUGCUGGCUAGGUUGCAGAACAAGCCCGUGGAAGACAACACGAACACGAACCGCACACUAGACUCUGAUCCCGCCACCUUCCCACUGGACCGCAGGGUGUACGCCGACUUCAGUCACGACAACGACAUUAGCGGCGUCCUCGCUGCUUUGGGCCUCUACAAUCAGACUGAGCCGCUCUCCAACACAACUGUGCAGGGCACCAAGGAGACACAUGGAUACUCCGCCGCGUGGACCGUGCCUUUUGCAUCGAGACUGUACGUCGAGAAGCUCCAGUGCAGCGGUGCAAAGGAAGAGUUUGUACGUGUCAUCGUCAACGACCGCGUCCAUCCUCUCGAAUUCUGCGACGCGGACAAGCACGGUAGGUGUACGUUGAGCAGGUUUGUGGAAAGCCAAAGCUUCGCCAGGAACGGCGGCCUAUGGAACCAGUGCUACAAGUAG